CAAAAAUGUUAACAGCACAUUUAUUCUUUAAAGAAAUUUUAAAUACAUUUAAUAAAUACACUUAUCUUUUAAACAACCGUUGCUCUUUUACGGAACUAUAUUUUCUUAAGAAAAUCAAUUUAAUUUAUUUUUAUUAUUAUACGCGCAUAUGUCAAGAUUCUUGGGCGCGCGUAGAUAAAUAUAAAAUUAGAAAUUCUACGCGCAUAUGUCAAGAUUCUUGGGCGCGCGUAGAUAAAUAUAAAUUAAAAAUUCUACGCGCAUAUGUCAAGAUUCUGACUUGCCGUAAACACAUCUUUUAUAAUGAUCUCAAAACCCUUUAUUAUAAACUAAAUUGAAUAUAUUCUUUUAUAACGCCAAGGCAUGUCAGAGUUGUUGAACUCG